UUUAACAAAAGCGUUUGUUUUGGAGGCAAGUUUGAUCUAGCGCUGGUUUUUCAGUUGUAUCUCUUCGCAAAAUGGCUUCAUCUGACGUUCGCGAUAUUUUGGAAUUGGCAGCAGAGGAUCGUCCUAAUGCUCCACCAACUAAAGCAAGAAUCCUCAAACAGGCACGAAGAAAAAGUUCGAGAAAAAAUGAAAAUGUUUUCAAAAGACCUGAAGGAAUGCACAGAGAACUUUAUUCACUUUUAUAUUCUGAUAAUAGGGACCAACCACCUCUGAUUCCCACUGACACAUCACAAGAAUAUCAAACAGCAAAAGCCAAACUUGGAUGUAAAGUGGUUCGACCAUGGAGAUGGAUGCCUUUUACAAAUCCUGGUAGAAAGGACAGUGCUGUGUUCUAUCAUUGGAGGAGAGCUGAAGAUGAAGGAAAGGAUUAUCCUUUUGCAAAAUUUAAUAAGAGUGUCCAGGUUCCAGUGUAUUCUGAUCAAGAAUAUCAACUUCAUCUUGCGAAAGAAGAUUGGACAAGAGAAGAAACAGAUCAGCUCUUUGAAUCAUGCAGACGAUUUGAUUUGAGAUGGUUUGUAGUUCAUGAUCGUUAUGAUCAUCAACGAUUUUCAUCGAAACCAUCUCGCACAAUAGAAGACAUGAAAGAAAGAUAUUAUAAUAUUUGUAACAUUCUGGAAAAGUUGCGAGCAGCUCCUGGUCAGCCUGACUCUCCAUUAGAGCAGUAUGUUUACGACGGGGAUCACGAGAGAAGAAGAAAAGAUCAACUCGAUAAAUUAUUCGAACGAACAAGAGAACAAGUGGUAGAAGAAGAAAUUCUAUUACAGGAAUUGAAGAAAAUUGAAUCGAGGAAAAGAGAGAGAGAAAGAAAAGCACAGGAUCUACAAAAACUAAUCGCUGCAGCUGAUUCUGGUACUGACGGUAUAAGAAGAGCAGAACGUAAAUCAGUUAAAAAGAAAUUAGCGACGUCACAACUCAAGAAAGGUGAAACAGCACAGGAAUCAAAAGUAUCAGAAGUUAUGUCUGGAAUUAAAUUUCCUGAUUUCAAAGGAACUGGUGUUAUGUUGAGAUCUCAAAGGAUGAAACUUCCGACGUCCUUCAGUCUGAAAAAAAUCAAAGCAAUAGAGCAAUUAAUAACUGACUUCAAUAUUGAUCCUCAUCCUAUGCCUACACCUACUGUCGCUCAACUAUUCAAUGAAGUUAGGAGUGAUUAUGUAUUGCUUUAUGAUCUGAAGAUGGCUCACGUUAAUUGCGAAAUGGAGCUACAAACAUUGAGAUAUAAAUGGGAUGUUCUUGCACCUGGACGUAUCCAACCAACUGGGACUGAGAUUAAAAUGGACACUGCCAGCACACAACCAGUCUCCAAAGAAACAGAGACCAGUCAAAGCAUUAAAAUGGAGACUGAACAAAGUGGAUUUGCAACAGGAUCAGAUUCAAAUGAAGGCCUGAUUGAUGUUGUUAAUACUUCUACAACACAGAGAAAGCAAACUCCAACAACAAACCCUUUGGCAAGUAAUAAGAAGAUGAAAUCCUGAAAAAAUAUGAAUUGAAUGAAGGAAAAAGUUGGGAAAGAAUGAGUUUUCGAACGAAAGUUUAUAAGGACAGCAUACAUUGGACGGGACCAUGUUAAUCUGAUGCAAGACCUGGUGCUAUUUGUGUGCCUCAUUUGCGUUAUAUGGAAUUGAAGCAUUUUAGGCCUGUCACAGGUUUAUAAACAAUUGCAGGGGGGGGGGUGUAAUCCCAGUUGUAAGUCAUUCAUCUUGAAUCUUACUGCCAAAAUAAAGCUACAAGCAAAGUGCAUUA